UCAACCUUCAGACCCUAGCUGCUCUGAGAAGAUCACUGAGCCCUACACAUUUGCAACACUUUUUAAUUACUAUAAAAGUCUUUAAUGUGACCCAAAGCAGCAGAUGGCCCAACCAAAGGAUCUAAUCGGUUACCAGUCCACAGGGCCAGAAUCCUCAAAAACCUCUUCAGCUCUGGUUAAACUGGAAGUCUUAGCGAGCAGAAUUUUUCACAGACAACCAAAGGUGGCUGCUAAUGAGCAAAGUCUGCUUGUGGAAAUUGAAGGUGUCCUUGUCUCUGGAUACACUCUCAUUUGGGAUGAUUGUAUGAAAGAGUUCUUAGCCAAAGCCAAAGAAGAUUUCUUAAGAAAAUGGGAAAGUCCACCACAGAACACUGCAGGCCUAGAUGAUUUUGAAAGGCAAAAAACACUUGGAACGGGUUCUUUUGGAAGAGUUAUGUUGGUGAAACAUAAAGGCACAGAACAGUACUAUGCCAUGAAAAUACUGGAUAAACAGAAAGUUGUCAAACUGAAGCAAAUAGAACACACGCUCAAUGAGAAGAGAAUAUUGCAGGCUGUUAAUUUCCCAUUUCUGGUGAAAUUGGAGUAUUCCUUUAAGGACAAUUCUAACUUGUAUAUGGUGAUGGAGUACGUGCCAGGUGGUGAAAUGUUUUCACAUCUUAGAAGAAUCGGAAGGUUCAGUGAACCUCACGCACGGUUUUAUGCAGCUCAGAUAGUCCUGACCUUUGAGUACCUCCAUUCACUAGACCUCAUCUACAGAGACCUGAAGCCUGAAAACCUUUUAAUUGACCAACAAGGGUAUAUCCAGGUCACAGAUUUUGGUUUUGCAAAAAGGGUAAAGGGCAGAACUUGGACGCUUUGUGGAACUCCAGAAUACUUGGCUCCAGAGAUUAUUCUCAGCAAGGGCUACAACAAAGCAGUGGAUUGGUGGGCACUGGGAGUUCUAAUCUAUGAAAUGGCAGCUGGAUAUCCUCCAUUCUUUGCAGACCAGCCUAUACAGAUCUAUGAAAAGAUCGUCUCUGGAAAGGUACGGUUCCCUUCUCACUUCAGUUCAGACCUGAAGGAUCUGCUGCGAAAUUUGCUUCAGGUAGAUCUGACCAAACGAUAUGGGAAUCUCAAAAAUGGUGUGAAUGACAUUAAGAACCAUAAGUGGUUUGCCACUACAGAUUGGAUUGCCAUUUACCAGAGGAAGGUGGAAGCUCCAUUCAUACCAAAGUGCAGAGGCCCAGGCGACACCAGCAAUUUCGAUGAUUAUGAAGAGGAGGACAUCCGUGUCUCUUUAACCGAAAAAUGUGCUAAAGAGUUUGCUGAUUUUUAGAGAGAAACAGACCGUCAGGGCUUGUAUUGGGAUCUUUGCACUCUGCUAACAGAUGGGGUGGAGCGGAAACCAUCUUAUUCGUCGAAACAAUUACUUAGUUUCUUCAUUCCACAAGGCUGAGAUCCUUCUUGCCAUAAUUCAUGUGUGCAGUUAGCACAGCCCUCAUACACAGGCACAUUUACGCAAAGCACUACCUGUGCUACGACACAAAAACUAGACCACUUUCUUAUUGUUUCCUUCCUUCCUUCCUUUGUUCUCCAGCAGUUGCCUUUGUGUCAUGUAGUUUGUUUUUUCCCCCUUUAAAAAUGGCAAUUUGCAGAGAGUGAAACAUUUUGUUUAAGUGUAAAGUUAGAGCAAGUGUUUCAGGAUUUUUUUGCACUUGGUGUGACUUAGCCCAAAGUGAAAGCUGAACGUUGCUUCUAGUGUUCGCCAGCCACAAUUCCUGUCUGUCGUGUCUGAGAGGUCACAGUUGUAGAACACCUUACCUUGUAGAAAUUAAGAAUCAGACUCCUAGAACCUAGACAGCAUUUUUGGCAUCAUUUUUUUUUUUGGAAGUAGUACUUGUUCUCUGUGUAUUUAUAAAUAGACUGAACAAAAGCAAGUUCUCCUGGACAUGACCAAAAUGAAGUAGAAUUGAUUGGAUGGUUGGAGCAGGGUAUGCAGAGCCUGUGCCUUGAAUACUCCUGUACUAUCAAAUUCAGCUGCCCUUCCCAAUUUUUUACAUUCAUCUGGGGAGGAUCCAGGCCCAACGUUCACCGGAUGCUGCAGUCUGCUGAACACCAUCAGAGCAAAGCUGCCAGCAGGUAAUCUUCAGACUAGCUUUGUCUCCCUGUCAUUUGUAGCUGUGUUGCACCAGCAUGUCAAAGCAUAGUCAGUUGGUGGGGUUACUCUCCCACAACUCAAAUUCCAUUGUGUGUUCCUUUAGAAUGAUGAACAGGAGAGAGAGGGAUUCCUGUUACAGGUGGAAUACUUCAAAAGGAAAAAGAAAGCAGCAUCAGAUACUAUCAGGGAAUGGAAACGUGAGAUUGUUUUAAUCGUAAUGAUUUGACAUCAGAAAUCCUAACAGGUGUGGUAAAUGGUUUUCCGCACGGAUUCAGUCACUAGCUGUAUACAAUAUACUGAGCAAAUGCACUAUUUGUGCGUGCAUUGGGGCUGUAGUCCUCCAUUUUUGUUUUAAGAUGCUGCAGAAUUAAAGAAGGUCACUGCCAGGAUUGUGUUUGAUUCCGAGGCACAGUGUUGUGUUGCCGAAAUGAUGUUUGGGCAAAUGCUAAAAGAUUAAUCACUCCAUAACUAGCUUUUCAGACUAUUAAUUUUUAGUGCUUUGGUUCAUGCAUUGCAAAAUACUUAACACAGUUAACAACUGCCAUGUUUCCACUAUCUUUACAAUUUUUUUUAUAUAUAUAUAUAUAAGUUUGUCUCCCUGGGAACAGAACUUAGAGUUUGCAGGUGUUAGGCUCAGCUAUUAGGUAGAUGCAUUGUCAUAUAAUGACAUAAUCUGUUGCUACAGGAAAGGGCUAGUGCUUUCACGUGCUAGCUGAAGCAUUUUCCUCAUGUAUUUCAGUGUUGUUAAAUCAUGGGUUAUGGAUUCAGUGGAUCUGUACAUGCUAACAUUUUUUUAACCAGUUCAUUUUAAUCAGAUUAGUUUUAUUUGUACACUCUUGGCACUCAGUUUUGAUCUCUUCCUCUCGUGCAUAUGUAUAUAUACAUAUAUAUAUAUUUAUAUAUUUAUGUAUGUAUAUGAAAUAAACCUCUCUAAUGGUUUAAAUCGAAAUGGUUUCUUAUGUACAGAAGCAGGCUGAAUUCAGAUUGGUUCAAAUGGAUACAGGAAAGGAAAGCAAUGAGUUUUAACAAACCAACUUGAUUUGGCAUAGAACCAGUGUAUUUGCUUGAGUUAGCACUAAAGAAACAUUGACACAAUGUCCUCUUAACCUGAAGGGAACUCAUGGAAGUAAGGCCUUUGUAGACAUUUGCAUUACCAGUAUGAGCUGUAAUAUCAAACAUUCUGUUUGUCGUCUUGGCUGUCAAAACAUUUGCACAACAAUGUCCAUUUAUGAGGCUGACACUGACAGCAGUUUUUUCAUCCACCCGUAUUUACCUGUAUGUGCAAGGGAAGUAUAAGAUACUUUGCUGUAGCAGAUUUUAUGUAACUAAAGAAAUGUAAGGUCACAUUAAUAAAUUUAAAAGUUCCUUUGUAUGAAAAUGUUAAAAUCUUUUUGUAUUUCAUUUAGACUGAGGACAUGCUGUUGUAUGCUAGCUGUAUGCGAUAAAUUCUACAGUAACUUUGUUGUCGUUUAUGGACUUAAAGGUUUUAAUAAACGCUGAAGAUCACA